AUGCAUCAAGAACACUGCCAAGAUGGAAUUCCACCAAAACCACCAGAUAUAAAUUCCCUCCAAUCCAAUAACAAUUCAACCGCCUCCUUUAAAGAUAAGCUGCUAGCCAAUGGGGAAAAUGAAACCUUCUCAAUAUCAACACCCUUGUCAUAUCUCUCUCCUACGGACAUGGACACAAAUGAAAUUGAAGAUGAAAAGUUUUGUGAGAAUCCCGAGGAAGAAAUUAAAGUCCCCAUAAGUGGGGAAGAUAAACAGCAAUCCUUCCCCCUAAUAGAUUUAGGUGAACAAUACUUCAUAGUUAAAUUCAAUAAGGAAGAAAACCUGGAAACUGUAUUACAAAAAGGGCCAUGGUUUGUCUUUGGCCAUUUCCUUUCUGUUCAACGCUGGGAACCAAACUUCGUUCCGGCUAUGGCUAAACAAGUUUUAACAGCUAUAUGGAUCCGUUUACCAAAUCUUCCGACAGAAUUUUACGAUCUAGAGAUUGUGGGAAAAGUAGGAAACACCAUAGGCAGACUACUUAAAGUAGAUGCUUGUACAUCAGCAGCCUUAAGGGGCCGCUAUGCUAGACUCUGCAUUGAACUCCCUCUAAGAAAACCUGUGAAAUCCAAUGCAUGGAUAGGCAACCACAAACAACAGAUCCUAUACGAGGGUGAAAAUCUUCUAUGUAAGAAUUGUGGCUGUCUAGGACAUAUAGCAAGGCAGUGUACUACCAAGCUAAAGGAGACAACUACCAUAACCCCCAUGAACAACACCGGCGACAAGGAUCAGACGUGUCAUGAUAAACAAAAUUCACCAAAGGAAAAAGAAGAAUGGAAGACUGUUUCCUUCAAACAAAGAAGGAAGGCUAACCCUACUCCCACUAAAGGCACUGGAUCCUCCAAUGGGGCAGGUAUCAAUGUCAAUAUCUUUGAUGCCAAUACAGGUAAGUUCCUCACCACUCAAGUCUUCAAUUACAAAUCUCGUUCUUACAAUCAUAAUUCUACUGAAGGCUUAACUGGGAAACCUAUGUCUAAAGAACACAACCCAAGCAGUAACAACAAUGUCCAAACAACUAACCCCUUUCGUGCUCUAAUGGAACAGAACCUGGUUUUGGAAAAAACCACUAAUCUCCAAAAGGGGAAUGAAUCUGGCACUACCCAAACGUCCAACUCCUACACUCUAAGCAACACAUCAGCAAGACACGUGUCGAAUUCAAUCACUAAUGCUACCCCUAAUAACCAUAAUCCAUGCACUAACACAGUCACCCACCCAAAUCAACCAAUUAACAUUAAUAAUUUAACCAUGCAUGAAGCUAAAGACCCUAAACACUUGUAUGAAAAGCAUGACACACCUCCUUCAAGUGGCCAAUGCCAUCAGACACGUAAACCAAGCCCAAUCCUCUUCCUCACUUGA